AUGGAUCCAGUAUCAAAAACUACUCAGUCAUUAGUUGGCUUAUCCAUCAGGGAUAUAGACGAUAAAAGCUCACCUAAAUUAGAAGAUGAAGAACUUAUUUUAACUUCGAACCCUUCAUCCAAAAAUCUUUUACACAAGAUCCAUUCUCCUUUGAACAACAAUUCUAAAGAAGUGAAAGAUGAAUUUGAAUUCUUUGAUAAUAACCAAUCAGACAAUCCCAAGCAACAACAUUCUUAUACAAAUUUGGAUGAUUUGAACAAGACUGGUGCUUUAUUAAGUGAUGAAAUCAAUUUGAAUCCUGAUGGUGAUAUUCCAGGGGAAAUCAAUUCUGUUCUUUUCGAAAAAAUUGAAGGUGAAGAAGAAGAUUAUAAAUUAAAUAAUUUCCAAAAGCAAGGCAUUAAAGAUGAUAGAGAUGAAAAAAUUGCUAAUGCCAAGAAAUUAGAAAUUGAAAAAUUGAAAUUUUUAGAAGAACAAAAAUUGAAAAACAAAGAUUUAUUAUCUUCAUCGACUUCUUUAUUAGAAAUCACCAAAUCCAAUUCUAAUUCUGCUACUAAUUUAGUCACUACUACUGAUCCAAUUGAUGAUUCUGGAUAUGCUUCACCUCAACGUUCAAACAAUCAAUCAUUAAGAUCCAAUUUGGAUUCCAAAAAUGAAGCUGUUAGAAAUUCGUUUGGUGAAUUAAUUGUCAAUCAAUCGCAUAAACCACAUUUAGCUCGUGGUGAUUCUUAUCAAUCAAUUACUAAUGAAAAUGAAAGUGAAACCGAUGAUCAACGCCAUGGAAGAUCUUCGUUUAGAAGCUCCUCUACUGAUUAUUUGAGAUCCUUAAGUAGAUCUCUAAGUCGUGAUCCUAAAAAAAAGAGUGUUUCUGGUGGAUCCAAUCCAAUUGCCAAUACUUUUAAAAAUAUCUCAUCUCAUUCUAUUACCAAUUCUAUUGAUGAUAUUACAUUUGAUAAUAAUAAUGAUACAUCAUAUCCAGAUGAAGAAUCUUCUAGAUAUACUAAUAAUUAUACCAUAUCUCAAAACGAUUUACAAACUGCAGCUUCCUCUACUAAUUUGACUUUGAACAAUCAACCACUUGUCGAAGAAGAAGAGGAAAUUGGGGGAGUUUUGAAGGACAACGAUGAGAAAAAAAUGAGAAAAAAAUGA